CAUAGGCAACAGGUGUUGAAAAGUUUCGAAAAAAACACACAAAUAUAUAUGUAUAUAUCAAAAAAUAACAUUGACCUAUAAAGUUUUUUUUUAUAAUAAAAAAAAUAUAUCAUGCUUCGUUAUUUAAAAAAAAAAAAAAUUUGCGACAAUUUUUAAUUGAAAUUUAAAUAAUGGUAAAAAUGUAUGUGUCACCGUGGGGAAUUGCUGCAUUUUCCUGUCUAUGUUUAUUAUUGAUAACAUUCAAAAAAAGGCGACCUGCGGAAUCAGUGAAAAAGAAGAAUCGUUGCGCCUGUUGUCUGAAACCCUUCUUUAUUGAACGAAGAGAAAAUUGCAGUGACUGUCAAGCAAAUACUUGUUUUCUUUGCCACAAAAAUACAAAAUGUUUGGAGAUAAAUGAAAAUUGUUUAGAAACUUUGGGUGGAUUUAGUGAAUUAUCAGAGGCAUCAAUCGAAUUUAACACGACAAAAGUUGAGCAUGUGCAAAACGAUUUGGAAUCGGCUGCGGUUGGUGAAAAGGAAGAAAAUUCGAUGGAAACUGUACGAGAUAAAGAUGAGAAAAUAAUAGAAGAUCUAAUUGAAAUAAGUUUAAAUAAUACUCCAAUAAAUCGAAUCUAUGAUCAUUCAGUGUACAAAACUACAACGAAUACUGCGAGUAUGGCCCAAAUGGCACUCAGAGAACUUGUGGAACGUGUUGUCGAGGAAGCAAAAAUGCUACCGGGAUUAAAAAGUUCCAAAUCGGAAAAAGAAAAAGAGGAAAAAUCAAGUUUUGAAGAUCUUCUAGCCACCGCCAUACUUAAUAAAGUGAUAGAAAAAUUUCAAAAUGAUUAUGUAGAUGGAAAUAGAAAUGUUUUGUCUGAAAAAUCUCCAAACAAAUGCAAAAAUAGCGAAAUCGAAACUAGUUUUGAAAAAGGACAAGAACACCUGUCUCUUACGAUAGAAGAACGUAUCGAAGAAGUGGAUGAGGAAAAUGAUAUUGAUUUUCCAAAUACUCGACGAGUUCCAUUUCCAGAAUAUGGAAUGGACAUUGUAUCUCAAGAUUUAUCAGAUGAAUGUCAAGAAGACUCCAAUAUUCAUGAUCUUGUUACACCUAUUGAAUCAUGGGAAGAAAAUUGGCUUUUUCAAAAAAAAAAAAUGCAAAUUCGAUCUGAUCCAGUUUCAAUGUUGGUUCCAUAUCCAAGCGAAGAUUAUAGAGCUUUAAUUGGCGAUCAAAAUGUUGAAGAUAUUCCCUCUGAUGAUGAAAUUGAACAUGAAUUAAAAUUUGUAAUUAGCAGUGUCACUGAAUCAUCAAAUACUGAGAGGACAAAAAAUAAAAUCGAAUGUUCAACUAUUUUCAAAAAUUCUCCAGUUUUAGAAAAUAUUAUCGAAAAUGGAAUCGAUAAAAAUGAAGAUUUUGAAAGUAAAAAGAAAGAUAAUUUCCCUUGCAAUAAAGAAGACAAUUUCGAAUUUGAAAUAGAAGAUCAUUUCAAAUGUGAAAAAGAAAAUAAUUUCGAAUGUAAACAAGAAGAAAGAGUCUUUGAUGAAAAAAAUGAAACAGAAGAAAUGUCUGCUGAAGAUCAGGUUCAACAAGAAAGUGAAUAUACAGAACAUUUUGAUACUGCAACACAAAAACACAUGGAUAGUUUGACGAAAAUUUAUGGACCAAUGGGAAUUGAUGAAGUAGAUAAUGAAACAUCUCAAAAAAAUUAUGAAAUCUCUGAAAAUCUUAGGAAGUGCCGCGAUUCUGCGGCGUUCAUUAAAGGUGAACAAACGGAAAACGAAAUUGACGAUGAUGUUAAAUUGGCAACACCUCCACGACCAGGAACAAUCGCAGAACGCGAACACAGAAAGUGGGAAAAUGCACGUCCAAUCAAAAAUAAUCCCUACAGCAAGAAAAACAUUCAAAAAAGACUUUUGGAACGACAAUAUAAUUGUUAUAGUAUAAUUACUGAGGGCAAUAUUUCAAAAUCGAGUGAAAAACCUUUGAAAAUUAUAUUAGGAGCAAAAAAUGUCGAUUUUAAAAGAUUUGCAAGAGAUUAUUACAUCAAUGAUGCCAUAACUUCAAAUGAAGAAAAACAAAAAGAAUUAGAAACUAAACAACAUUCGAACACGGAGAAUGACAUCAUAAAUUAUGAUUCAAAUAGUCUAGAAGAUGAAUCAAAAAUGUUGAAUUGUCAAAAAAAUAAUGAAGAAACAUUAUCGAGAAGUACAAGUGAAAUACAAACACCAUCAUCGGAGAAUUGGAAAAAUUCCAAUGUUGAAAAAUUAUUAUUAGAAAAAGAAAGAAGAAAUAAUAAAAAUGAAAUAAACGCAAGAUUUAAUAACAAGGAUAGUAUAAAUAUUUGUGAUAAUAUUAAUAAUAAUGAAACAUCAGCGAAAUCAUCACAACAACAAAGAGUGGUAAAUAAAUUAGAUCUAAAAUCAUUUGGAUAUGAAUGUGGCCUAAGAAGAACUCAAUCAAUUCAAUUGGAUAGUAGAAAUCACAGUCAAGAAAAACCAAAGAUUAUCAGAGAAAAUAAAAAUGAAUUUCAAAGUGAAAUUAAUAAUCAGGAGGAUAAUUUUAACUAUCCAAUGAGUGGAAUUUUCCAUGCAAAAUCAGUACCAAAUAUUGCUGACAUUGAUUUUUCAAAUGAUGAUGAAAAACAAAAUAGUAAUAGGAAGAAAAUUUUUCUCAAUUCAAUGGAAAAUAUUUCAAUUGAAAAUUCCCAAGAUAUACCAAUUCUUCCAUCUGUUAGAAAACUUGCUAAGGCAUUUAGCAAAUCAACUGAAAUAAAUCCUCUAAUGAUGAAAAAGGAAAAAAAGAGACCAACGACACCGGAAAUUCAUCUCGUUGAAAGACCAAUAGAAUUUGAGAAAAAAACUUACGAAAAUCAAAGCAACACUGAGGAUAAUAGAAAAAGUUUAAUUGGCGAUAUCAGUAUUAUUUCACCUGGCAAAUUAAAAAAUAAUAUUCAAUUUUGGGAAAAACUCCAGAAACAAAGUUAACAAUUAAAUAUGAAAUAAUGAUAAAACUAUAUCAAAUAUUGAUAAUUAGAUUUUAAACAAUGUAAAAUAUUUUUUUUUAUAUAUGCUCAUGUAAUUUUAGAAUCUUGUAAAAUUUCAGUUCAUUGCCAUUCAAUAGUAUAGUAAUUAUUAUAUGUAUUAAAAUUUGUUUAUUAUUAAAACAUAAUAAUAGGCGAAAAAUAUCUGCCAUACGUCUGUAAUAAUAAAUAAAAUAACAUAAAUAUA